CUUAUAUUAUCAUAUUAUUAUUAUGUUAAAUAACUUUUUAAGACUGCGUUACAAAAAAAAAAAAAAAAAAGUACUAGGAUUAGAUAUUUGCAAUGGUGCACUUAAAAGAAUUUUACAAUGAUAUACAGUAGAAUUUAAAGUUGACAUAAAAAAUGGCGGUUUACAUUAAAUUGUAUCGCGAUCGUCAAAUUGUUAAUUUUUUGUUAGCUCGCGUCUGGUAACUAAUCGGGCUGUGAAAAUUAUUUAUCUCUUGUUCGUUUUAUUUCUCUCAGUAACGAUGGUAAAGGAGAAUAACGUUGGUAAAAUGAAAAAUUGAAAACAUUCAUGUACCAGAGAUUCAAAAUCCGCAUUGAUUUUUCCUUUACUUCGAUUCGCGAUAUACCGACUAAUACAAUAUAAGGAAAAAAAUUUAUUGUUGUGUAAGGUGUUGCGUGAAAAUAAUAAAUACAUACGGUUUACGUAUUUGACAUGACGUUUUUCUUUCACACUGGCACACUGAAAUGUAACAAAAGAAAAAAAUCUUUGGCGUAACGGGAACAUGCUUCUUUACGUGUUAGAAACAGCUGCUUCUAAUUUCAAAGGUCCACUUUUUUGCGAUCGGCUGCCACGUGCUAUUUGGAGGCGUUGCAGGGACGAUCUUCUCUGUUUGAAGUGUGCAAAGAAGUACAGCGACUGGAGAAGUUUGCGGAAACAUAUGAAUUUUUUCUGCCAAAUGGAACCGCUUUAUCCUUGUCCUUAUUGCACCCACAGGGCUAGAAUACCGACUCUACUCAAGUAUCACGUCAGGCGUGAGCACACAGCUUUUGCGUCAAAGAUGGCCAAGUAGUGUUGCACGGAUUAUCGUGCUUCUCGCGAUGAGAUCGAAACCAGUAUAUAUCUCUUUUGUAAGAGUAAAUUCAAACACUGUGGUAUAUCUGGAAUGAUAUAGUUCACAAGAAUUGAUCAAAUUUUAUGCGUUCUAUAAAUAAUAUAAAUAAAUUGAGAGUUGAAUAAAUUGUAGUUUUUAUUGUUGCUGAUAUAAGGAUAUAAUAAAUAUAUAUCAUUCAUGAAAAAAGUAUUGUACUUUUACGUAGAGUACGGAUUCGUAAAUCGUAUCCUAACAUUCUCCCUCAAUGAAUAGUCAUCGUCGUGUUCCACUCAAUAAAUGUUCAGAAAUAAUUGUCGUAUUGAGAUUCUGAAUCGUAUCUUGAUACGUUUUCCUCGACAGUCGUUUCAUUCGUACUCAUUGGUCGAUGUUCGUUCAUUUACGGUCCACAGAUUUGAUGGCCAUUUCGAUUUCCGUUUCCCUGCGUUCAAACAAAUCUUUCACGUCGGUCAUGUCAAAUCUGUACAUUGAUCGUUUCGUUUCUCUUUUUUUCUUUUUUUUUUUUCAGACGGACGCGCUGUCGUUUCUAAGCGCUACGAUUUAUUCGAUGUUGGUUGGACUUGAUGGAAAAAUGGACGAACAGUAUUUUCUCUAACGGAAACACUUUUGAUUUUUAGGGGCUGGUUGGUCUGGCCAACAGCUGGACAACUU